CGUGUUCUCGUCGUCUGCCCCGGUGCCACCCACCGCCAGCCGCAAUGUCCAGCACCAAAGCCAGCUACCGUCGCACGCCGGCGAACGCCAAAGAAUCAAACGGCGUCACCGACAAGUACCGCGCCCAAGUUCAGUCGCUGCAAGAGCUCUUCCCCUCGUGGUCCAAUGACGACCUGCAAUCAGCUCUCGCUGAAGCCCAAGGAGACGUGGAGCUCGCAGCCACCCGGAUCUCAGAAGGUCAUGCCGAACAGUGGGGCGCGGUCAGCCGCAAGAAGGACAAGAAGGUGGCGCUAUCCGGUCCCACCCACGCACCUAAGGAGUCGGUUGGCGGCAGAGGCGAUUUCCGUGGCGCGCGCGGUGGACGCGGUGGCAGAGGCGGCGGUCCCGGUCGCGGAGGUGCUGCUCGCGGCGGCGCCCGUGGAGGUGCCCGUGGCGGGCGCCCUCUGACAGAGGCGAACGGUCAUGCCGCUGCUGGACCGACGACCACCGAGGCAUGGGGUACCACCACCGAGGACGCUAAGGAUGUUUCUGCCGCGCCGGCUGAAGCUAGCAAACCUGCAGAGGGCUCCGCUCCGGAGGAGCACACCGCGGAGACGGAAUCGCAGUCUGUUGCUCCUGUAGUACCCGCCGCACCCCUCGUCAACGGUGCUGCCUCCCCCGCUGUCAAAUCACCUUCCAUUGUGGACCACUCCAAGCCCAAAACACCUGCGACGUCGAAAAUGUCCUGGGCGCAGAUCGCAAGGCUUGUGGCGCUACCUCUUUCAGUUGCUCGUUUUCUGACAGACUGCAUCUAUAGGCCCCAGGCGAAACCAACCCCCCCUCCUGCCCCCGCCCCUCAACCUGUAUCAGUACCACCUCAACCCCCUGCCCCAGCUCCUGAACCUGAACCUGUCUCUGCUCCCAGUGAACCCGAACCAGCUGUCCAGCAGCCUGAAGAACCUACCACCGCUGAACCUCCCGUGUGGGAUGAACCUGCAGCUCCUCCCCUCCCUCCUCCAGCGACUGAAGUCCCCCCUUCUGUUGAAGAACCUCAGGCACCCGAGCCUGCUCCCGUCCCCGAACCGUCUCUCGCUUCUGCGCCGAAUGCAGACCGCCCUCCCUCUGCACUCCCAGCCCAAAUCCUGCAACAGCAUCAGAAAACGGCGUCGCCCAGUCCAGAGCAAGUGCGUGCGCCGUCCGUGAAGCCUGCGACGCCUGUCUCGCACGCACGCCAGCAGCGCCAAAAUGCGCUGUUCAAGACCGGUGAGGCGGUCAUCGUGCCGGGCAAGUACGGUGGUAUCAGUGGAUUGGACAAAGUAGGCAUGCAAUUUGGCAGCUUAAGCCUCGGCGAUGAUUCGGCGGAUGAUGUUGCAGAGGCUCACCCGACUGAGUCCGUCUCGGAGCCAGCACCCGCGGCGGCUGUAGCUGCUUCAGAGCCGCUGAAGCCCGCUUCGCAGCCUCAGUCUACGCCUUCCGCCCCCAUACAAAUCCAGGAGGCGCCAUCUGCCCCGGUCGUCUCACCGCCCGCCCCAACACCGCUCGGUGGUGCUCCCGGUCUCUUCCCCUCUGCCAUUCCCCAGCAGGCCCAACAGCAGCAGUCUCAGGGGCUCCCUAUGUCUCAGCCCCAACCCCAGCACUCCAUACCCUCCUCCCUCACGCAAGCACAGGGUGCUAGUGCCACUAGCAGCUCGCCACUGCAGGGCUUUUCACAGCAGCAUGCCCAGCAGCAGCAGCAGCAGCAUCUGCUCCCCGCACAGACUCAACAAGUGGCCCAGCCGCAACAGCCCGCCCACCCUCAGAUACAUUCCUCCCUUCAGUCGGCCUAUGCGCAGCAGCAUAACUUGUCCGCGCUCGACACUGCCCCACCGGCCCAACCCUCGCUCACGAGUAACGCUUCAUCGUACUUCCGUCAGGCGGAACAACCAUACUUCCACACGCCAACGCCCCCCGCAGGACAGGCCAGUCCGUAUGGAGUGUUUGGCCAACAGAUCGGCCAGGGUUUACAGCAUCAGACCCAACCCGGACAUUUGGGUGGCUUCGGUGGAGACGAAUAUGCGUACAAUGACAGGCCCGGUAGCUUCUAUGAUUCCUACCAGCAGGCUAGCUUUGGCAGCCGCAACUCGCUGGGACAUGACGAUCUUAAAGGUCUCCAAGGUCAAGGCCAGCAAUCGGCGGGCCUAUCGCCCGCAAACUCGCACCCGUCACAGCAUCAACCCCCCUCCUCGCAAGCCGGUAGCCAGGGUCACCAAGGCGGUCAAGCAGCGCAGGGUGGCUACGCAGCUCCAGGCCCAGUGCCGUAUUACUACCAGCCGUACCCCGCCAACCAGUACUUUGGGCAACCCUAUAACUCGCCCGCUGGUUAUGUUCCGCAGCCGUUCGUGAAGUACCAGCCCGUCUUUCAGGGCGGACACCCGGGUCCUGGCUCUGCGCCUUCGCCGGCGGCUAAGCCAACCCAAAAUACGGCCCAGAAUCCGUACGCGCAGGCACAGGCACAGGCGCUGUACGGUCAGGGCCAAUACGACGACCUGAGCUACCAGCAUCACGCUGGGCAUGGCCACCAGCACCAGCAGAGUGUUGGUGGCGGGUUACCGUCAGGUGAUUACGGGAAGCAGCUCUACGGUGGCGCGCAAGGAUUUAUGGGCGGCCUCGGUCAGAACGUGAAUAGCAUCGGUACCCCCGGGACCGGUGGACCCGCGUCGCAACUUUCGCAGCGCGGUGGUAGCUCGCCCGAGACCGCUUACAAGCCGUACGGUCAGGGCGUCACUGUUGGAGGUGUUAAGGACGUUGGCGCUGGUGUUGGAGGUGGUCAGCCUGGACAAGCACGUGCGGGGGUGCCGCAACAGCAUCAACACCAUCAGCAGCAGCAAGGCGGCUUCUACGGGAGCAACAGGUUCGCCUCCAAUGCUGCAUCGGGCCCGCAAGGCCAGCAGACGCAGCACAGUGCGCCACAGGGUCAAAACCCGCAGGCCCACCUCGGGUACCAGGGCAAUUCGGAUAACGGGUUCUACUCGUACCAGCACAGGCAGGGCUACUGGCAGUGAAGAGCUAGGAUGGGCGGUCCAUCGAAUGGACAUGGACAUGAGAUCGCUGCUCGCGAAUCACGAAAUGACCGGGGUGUUACGAUAUCGCUGCAUGAAGGAGGGCUUCUCUGUUGUCUCCCCGUCAUCAUCUCUCAUUUUCUUGCUCAUACGAUUCUUUUCUUUCUCUAUCUCAUUUCUCUCUCUCUCUCUCUCUUCCUCCACUCAAUAUCUGCAUCUCAGUGUCAAGCCACAGCAUAUGUACGCGUACCGCUUUGCGUUCCAUAGUGAAGUUGCCAUGUCCAAUGAUCUGCCGCAUGCUAUCGCUCCGAACGACGUU